AUGUCUGGCAACAAAUCCUUGUCAGAUGCUGAGCAAUUGGAUGAAAUUGACAAGCUUUAUGCGACACUGGAUAACAAUGAAGAACCUUGGAGAGAUAGACAGCGCUUCCUGGAACAUUGCGGAUAUAUGCUCAGACCAAGGUACCAUCCAGGCUGGGUUCCCUCUUGGAGGAGCACCAGAAAGGACCCAAUUUUAUGCAAAGAUGGUACAUUCUUGCCAGUAGGUCAUGACAUUUCAGUCUAG